UCAAUGUCAUAGUAUUUCUUCUGUGCUGCUUUCUUAUCGUCAACAAAAAUAUUAUUACAAUUCCAUAACUUCAGUAAUACGAUAUCUUGAAGUAAAAUUUGGUACAACUAAAUUAUGUAAAUUUCUCUAACUUUUAUCGUCACAAUAGUAAACCUAUCGUUGAUUGGUGACAAAUUUCUGAAUCCACACUUUAACUUAUUGAGUUCACAUAAUGUUAUCGUCAUUGAUAAAAGAACACCAAGUAAAGCAGGCUUCCAAAAGAGUUAUUCAAGAACAGAAACGCAAAGAAUGUAUAGCAGCAGCUAACGAUUUAACUCAAGCACUGGUUGACCACCUAAAUGUUGGAGUGGCCCAAGCUUACCUGAAUCAAAAGAAAUUGGAUGCUGAAGCAAAACUUUUGCAUCAAGGAGCUAUAAAUUUUGCUAAGCAGACACAACAAUGGCUCGCUCUAGUUGAGAACUUCAGUAGUGCGCUGAAAGAAAUUGGAGAUGUUGAGAAUUGGGCUCGAAGUAUUGAAAAUGAUAUGAAGAUCAUCACUGACACAUUGGAACGAGCAUACGAAACAACACAAGAAACAUCUAGCAUUACUAGCUCUAGUGCUAGUAAUCAAUAACUUAUAGAAUAAGAAUACUAUUAUUUUACUGCUUCAUUCCACAUUGUUAAGAUGUUAAUUAAUGUAUCAUUACAAUAAAAAUGAGGAACUCAUUUCA